CUUUACGUGGUGGGUUUGCUGGUUUCUGCCGGAGAAGCCGUGUUUCCGGGUGGCAGCUCCGUGCGGACAGCAGCGCCCGGGUGCCGCCCGCGGUGCCGGCUGUGCUGGGGCCGGGCCGAGAGGGGAGGGCUGCGGUCUCUGCGCGGCUCGCCUGCUCACCUGCCGCUCGGGAGCCUAAAACUGCACCACGAGUUCCUCCCGGUGCGGCGGGCAGAUAGAGCAUUGAUGGAGGUUUGUGCGUUCCCCGGUGAGAGAGGCCCCGUCUAGCCGGGAGCUGGAUUCUGCCGUGGGCUGCGUGCGCCCGGGCUGGAGCUGUCUCCUUCCAGCCCUGACUCCUGGGAACGGCCAGCGGUUCCCAGCGGCAUCAGCAUCCUGCCAAAGCUGGAACUUGUCCGUACUCUGUCCGCUGCCUUAACGAGAGCAGGAGAGCAGGGCUGUGAAGCGCGUACCGCAGUCGUGUGGGAUCAGAGCUUUCCCUGAGCUCGGGAGACUCGGGGAAGACCAGGAGCCAUCUUUAUAGACGGUCCUUUAAGCACCGACCUAGGAAUUUCUAUCUCGUCAAUGCCCUCUGUGAACUGCUGCAUGAUUGCUUUUUCCAGGGCUUUGUCAGCUCAGCUUUACAUGAUGAAAUUUGGCCUUGUUUUGUCCUUCUAAAGCUAGGAUUAGUAGUUCCUGAAUAAACCCUGCUUCUGAGAAUGGCUUUACACCAAAAACAUGCGUAGGUUUUUGUUUCCCCUUUCCUAGGGUUGAGGCCAUUAAAAAUCUUUGUUCCGCAAGAUUCUAGAUACAGCUCGUAACACGAAAAACUGGUUGGCACGGGUCUUUGUUCCACACUCUGUGACCUUGUCAGUGUCUGAGUGCUGCCUGCAGGUUUUUUUUUCCUGUCGGUGUAUUAUAAACACCAACAUUCAUUUCACCUUCUCUUCCUAUAUUCUGUUCGUUGCUAGAAAAUGAAGACUCAUCCCAAAAGACAGAGCCUGCAGAUCAGCUAGUUGAUUCUUUGGAGUCCAGUACUUCGCAGAGCGGGUAGGAAAACUUUUCUGUGUGUUGUGGCCCACAUGCGUGACAGUCUGUUUCACUCCUGUGACCUCUUCCCUGCGGCAUUUUGUUCUGUGCAGGUAAAGAGAAGGGACUGGAGAUUGAAUUUUCUGCUUCGGGACAGUGUAUACCGGAAUCAGUAUGCGAGGACCUGUUCUUACAGCCUUCAAGGUCACAGGCUGGGCCGCACCUGAGCAUGGGCACAAGAGAGCACUCAAAGGAAGAAAUUGGCACACUGGGGUACCAGAAAGUGGCUGAACUAGAGGAGAAGCUGCCUGACCAAGUCCAGUCUCUCAAAAAGGAAGCUGUUCCAUUAACCAGCUACCAUGUACCUCAGGGAGUAGGGGAUAUAGUCAUGAUUCAGUCAGAUCACACUGGUGCCGUGGAUAUCCUUUCAGCUGAGCUGGAGACCGCAGACCUCCUUGGGGAGCAGAGAAAAGCUCAGCCUCCCCCUCUGGCUGCACCCACCAUGUGGACCACUGAGAAGAUGAAGGAAUUCAAAGCCAAGAUGGGAAAGGAGAAGAAUGGCCGGAUGGUGGUGAAGCGAGGCGAGGUGGUGACAGUCCGUGUUCCAACCCAUCCUGAUGGGAAAUGCAUUUGCUGGGAGUUUGCUACAGAUGACUAUGACAUUGGGUUUGGAGUCUAUUUUGACUGGACCACAGUUACUAGCACUGCCAUUACCGUUCAGGUCAGUGAAUCCAGUGAUGAGGAGGAUGAAGAGGAGGAUGAGGAAAUUGAAGGAUUGUCCCCUGCAGGUGAUGUGGAACGGGGUUCCAAAAGCUAUCUGCGGAACCGCUAUGGAGAGAUCAUGCCUGUGUACCGGAGGAACAGCCAUCGGGAGGUACAGGCAGGCAGCCAUGAGUACCCGGGCGAGGGCAUCUACCUGCUGAAAUUUGAUAACUCGUACUCUCUGCUCCGCAAUAAGACUCUGUUCUUUCACGUCUACUACACUGGCUGAAGAGGAGGGAAGGGGCAAGGAUGGCAGGCAGGUGAUGGUGAGUGUAGCAGGCUGCCACCCAGCCCUGGUACUGCCUGACACACUGCUGUGUGACAGAACCAUGGCGCAAUUCUGCCAGCUCUU